AUGUCAAUUGCUGCCCUCGAAGCUAUCGGGAUUACCGUAAGUUCAUUUUAAAAUAGCGAAAAGAAAACAAUUUAAAAGAGAAAUUGUAUUUUGCAGGAUGAAGCGCUUCAAAAGCAUUUUCAAGCAAUUCAAGCACAAGGAUUCGACACAUCAAAUGAUGAUUAUGUUAGACUUAACCAACUCGAACGUCAAUUAGCCCAUUUGCAAGUGAUGGAAGAUUAUAUAAAGUUGGAGACAAGAAACCUCGAAAAAGAAUUGUUGCACGCGCAAGAAGAAGUGAAACGUAUCCAAAGUGUUCCAUUGGUUAUUGGACAAUUCUUGGAAGCUGUUGAUCAAGAUCAUGCGAUUGUUGGAAGCACAACUGGAUCAAAUUAUUAUGUUCGUGUUCUAUCAAUCUUGGACCGUGAAUUAUUGAAACCUGGAUGUUCUGUAGCCCUCCACAAAUACUCAAAUGCUCUCGUCGAUGUUUUGCCACCAGAAGCAGAUAGUUCAAUUCAAAUGCUUCGCGCUGAUGAAAAACCCGAUAUCUCAUAUGCGGAUAUUGGAGGUCUUGAUAUGCAAAAACAAGAAGUUCGUGAAGCUGUUGAACUUCCAUUGACACACGGUGAACUCUAUCAACAAAUCGGAAUUGAUCCCCCACGUGGUGUUUUGAUGUAUGGACCACCGGGAUGUGGAAAAACAAUGUUGGCAAAAGCUGUCGCUUCCAAUACUGCUGCCUCAUUUAUUCGUGUUGUUGGCUCGGAAUUUGUGCAAAAAUAUUUGGGAGAAGGUAAUUUUUAGAUACUUUUUCACUGUGUUGUGAGAUUUCCAAUGAUUUCUAUCGAAAAACCCUAAUUUAGCACCUCGAAAUCACUCUCCCUAUAGGCUCCGCCCCUUUCAUCCAAUAAACAUAGUGCACGGCGAAACCCCUGAAAUGUCUGCUAGCCGUUUUCUAUAAGUAAAAAAGAAUUUAGCCAUUCAUUUGUCCGUUACUGAUGUUAACCCUAGAUGAUUUUGAAUCAGCAGCAAGACAUCUCUGUACCCGCGGUUUCUCGCAGGAGGAGAUUCUUGUUGCGCGGUUCUCAAAAUCCAUCUUACCCAUAAUUUUUGAAGGGCUCGACGGAGCCAGAAAAUGGGAUUCUGCGGCUGGAAUUUUGAAUUUUCAGCCCUAAAAAAUAGAAAUUAUUCAUUAAAAAUUGCCUACGAAUGUAUUAAAUUUGAAUCUGUGAGCUUCUGUAAUGAAAAAUUGACCAUAAAAUUUUGAAAAUGAAAUUUUUAUCCACGUGGAUUUUUUUUUUGGGAGCCAAGAAUUUGAGAUUUUGAAAAAUAUUCGCCCAGAGCAUUUUCCACGUGGAUUUUUUGACGAUAAAAUUUUGAGUUUUUCGAGCCGAAGAAUCUGAAUUUCAAAGUUUUUUGCUCUAAAAUUGUCCACGUGGCAUUUUUUCAAAAUCUGAAUUUAUUCGAAAUUUCAAAAUUCCACGUGGAUUUUUUGGUUCAAAAAUUUGAACUAUUUGGCUUCAGAAAUUUUAAAUUUCAAAAAUUUUCGCUUCAAAAUUGUCCACGUGGCGAUUUUUCAAAGGAUUUUGAAAUUUAAAAAUUAAAUUUGAAAAAAAAUUCCACGUGGAUUUUUUUGGUUCACAAAUUUUUGAAAUUCAAAUUUUUUUUGGAGAAAAAAUUCAAAUUUUAAAAAUUUUCGCUUCAAAAUUGUCCACGUGGCGAUUUUUCAAAUUAAUUUGAAAAUUUUAAUUAAAAAAAUUCCACGUGGAUUUUCUGUUUCACAAAUUUUUGAAAAUUAAAAUUUUGUUUGGAAAAAAAAUCGAAAUUUAAAAAUUUUCGCUGCAAAAUUGUCCACGUGGCAUUUUUUUCAGAAAUUUUAAAUUUCAAAAAUGUUUGCUCUAAAAUAUUCCACGUGGAAUUUUUUCAAAAUUUGAAAUUUUCAAUGCCCAAAUUGCUCUAGAAAUACAAAAUUUCUGUUUCCAGGAAAAUUUGGAACCAAAAUUUCAAGAAGCAUUUUCUUCUGAAGAAAAUUCAUCUUUUUUUGUUCUAGAAGCUUGAAAAAUCUUUAAUUUUCAGAUUUCCUAGCUGAAAUUCCUCUUUUUCCCCUUUCUCUCUCCCUGACUCCGCCCACUUUUCCCAAUAAACAUGGCAGGCGGCGAGAGCGGCCGUAGUGUCGGCUAGUAGAUAUUUAUAAGUUUGGCCGAGGUGUUUGCUAUUCUGUACGCACAUCAAAUAUUCGUGAACGUCACGUGACGUUAUCUGUACCCGCGGUUUUUUCUCGCAGGAGGAUAAUGUCCGAUUCGAUUGAUAUAUACAAUUUUUGAAGGGCCUGAGAGGGCCAGCAAUAUUUUUAGAGAAAAUAAAAAUUGAUUUUUUUUUCCAGGUCCUCGCAUGGUUCGUGAUGUGUUCAGACUUGCCAAAGAGAAUUCACCAUCUAUUAUUUUUAUCGAUGAAAUCGACGCGAUCGCCACAAAACGUUUCGAUGCUCAAACUGGAGCUGAUCGUGAAGUCCAACGUAUUCUUCUCGAAUUAUUGAAUCAGAUGGACGGUUUCGAUCAAAGUACAAAUGUCAAAGUUAUUAUGGCCACCAAUCGUCAAGAUACGUUGGAUCCAGCGCUUUUGCGUCCGGGAAGACUUGAUCGCAAAAUUGAGUUUCCGCUUCCGGAUCGUCGCCAGAAGCGUUUGGUGUUCUCGACGAUUUGCGGGAGAAUGAAUUUGUCGGAUGAUGUGGAUUUGGAGGAUUGGGUGGCGAGACCGGAUAAGAUUUCGGGAGCUGAUAUUAAUUCGAUUUGUCAAGAGGUAAGGAAAUUCCACGUGGCAAAAUUUUUCAAAUUCAAAUUUUUUGGCUUCCAAAAAUUCCGUGGCACAGGGGUUUUAUUACUACCGAGAAUUAAUCACGUACAAAACAUUUUAUCUGACGACAAAAAACCUCCGCAAACAGCGCGCUACGUGGCCGACAAAAAAAACAAUAGCGUGUGGCUGGCCUCGCGAGAUGUCGGUGGCUGCAAACACACAUAUAGCCCGACUUUUUUCUUUUUAUUCGUGUGUCUUUUGAGCCAAAGGGUCUUCAAUUUUCUUUUUGAAAAUCUGAAAAUAUAAGCUCCGCCCACAUAUCUGUGCGGAAAAAGAUGGGCGGAGCCAGAUUGCUCGAUUACAAUUUUACAUUGACUCGGUAGUAAUAAAACCCCUGUGCGUGGAAUUUUCGUUUUGAAUUUGGGCCCAAUUUUGUCACGUGGAAUUUUCAAACAAAGUAAACAUGGAAAUUCCACGUGGCAAAAAUAGGUCCGAAAUUUUUCAAAUAAAAAACUUUAUUUCAUAUUUUUCCCCCAAAACACGUGAUUUUCAAAAAAUCGCUAUCCAUCCCAAAGUUGACGAAAAUAAUCGAUUAAAAAAUUGAUUUUCUAGCUAAAAACUUGAAUUUUUCUAUCAAUAAAAUUACGAAGCUUGAAACGAAAAACACAGAGUUAGUCUAUGUUUUUUCCGUUUCAAAAUUUAUUUCAAGAAAAAUUGAAGUUUUCAGCUAGAAAUCAGGAUUUUCGUCAACUUUGAGAUGAAUAUCGAUUUUUUGAAAAAAAAAAAUUACUGUAACUCAUGAAAAAUCCUAAAAUCAAAUUUUUCUAGGCUGGUAUGCAAGCUGUGCGCGAGAAUCGCUACGUUGUUUUGACCAAGGAUCUCGAAAAGGCCUACAAAAAUGUUGUCAAGAAGGACACCAACGACUUUGAGUUCUACAAAUAA